GUAAGACACGCAUUGCCUCCUCGGAUAAGGGCGAAAACUCUCGUCCCGCGUGCAGGUUGUGCACUUCAGAGAUCCCUUGAUGGUCCGAAGUCGAUAAGAAGAGAUCUCGGAGACUUGGGCCACCACCCGUACAAAGUUCGUAACUAAUUCCUACCAAACUGAAAAUCUUUAAUAUGUCCCGAGCACCCAUUAUGAUCUUAUACUAAGCCGUUGCGAGUGCGUACGUAAAACACAUUUAAAAACGAAACAAAAACAAAAUACCCCCCCCCCCCCCCCAAGACAAAGGGAUUCCCAUUCGUCUCUAAGGAGGUCAUUGAUUUUUUACAAAUAGCCUGCAAAGCCUUUUUUCAAGCCCUUUGAUUGGUCAACAAGGGGGUCACCCGUGGCUUGAAAUAAACUCCAAUAGAUAGCGAACAAAGAGGCAUUUUCUAUUUAUAACCUCUUUGAUAGCGAAGGAUGCCCGCUUUCAAGUGGUGUGUAGUUUGCCAGGGAAAUUUAGAGCCAUUUUUGUGUUAGAACAUGAUACAUGUACUAUCACAACAGUGAGAACAAACUUCAUUUUCAUUUUGGUUUUUCCAGUAGUUAGAUGCUGCCUCUCAGACCUCUCUGCAAUAAAACACUAUCGCACUGUCUCUUACUUUUACUUUUAUGUCUGCCUGAAUUGUUUUCUAGGCACAUAAUAAAUGGCCUAAUCUAUUAAUAAUAAUUUUUGUUAUUAUUAAUAUUUAUUGGUUCCAAGCCAGGUUUUUGUCUUGCUCCCGUUCUCUCUUGCCUUCUACUUUAACAUUUAGGCCUUUCAGAAUAAAAUGUUAUUAUUUUGUAUAAUUGUUAAGGCUAAAACACAUUUAAAAGCAUGCUUUGAAGAUAUUUUAUUAACAUUUUCAAACAGAAAAAAAAAACAUAAGCUAAGAGAAACUGAAAUAACGCCAAAUAAAAUUUUGAGUUCUUUGUGGGCACAAGUUUUUUUUUGGGCUGUUUCUGCUGUUCCACCUGAUGUACCUGGCAGGCACCUGGGCCCAGUCUAGUACAGUGAGUGAGUGACAGGGGCCAGGUUGACUGACAGUUCACUCGGGUUCAGUGAUCAGUGAGCUUCCCUAGCCCAGUGGACAAAGUGAGCAAGCGGAUCGGCCGAACCCAAGGGAUGAGUUCAGUGCAAGGACCUUAAUGAUAAUAUUAUUAUUAUAAACCCCCUUGGGUCAAUUUGAGUGAGUUUGGACUAUAUUACGAAUCUCAUGACAGACAGACUCCACGACCCACGAACGAGCUUGAACUUGAACAUUUGAUUUUGAUGUGAAUGUGAUCAAAUAUUUGCACUGCAUUUUAAUAUGAUCAUUUAUUGUCAAGCCUCUCUGUGCAGCAUCCAAUUGGAACCUGGAAUGAUUUUGUCCUUUCAGACUCAUGGCAAUGCGUAGUUUAUUAUAGUUUAUAUCAGAAUUUAUAAUUGACAACAAGAUCAAAAGGGCAGGGUGCAGCAGUGUUCAGACUAGAUCUAGAUCUAUGAGAAACUCGGUGUGCUGGUGUCUGCAGACAGACAAGACAGACAGACAUUGUCAUUGCGUGUUUAGUUUAUUUAAAUUUUAGUAAAUCGAGUUGGGCCUUGCCUUGCUCUGGACCAGGCAAAGUGUUACAAUUGGCAGAGAUCUUUCACCCAUUCUAUUUUGCAGAAGGAGAAAGUGUAUCAUUGUUAACAAUUUGAACUGUCUUGGAAGUACUAGCAGAUCAUUUUGUGGUUAAGUUACAGAACAAAGAACCCCCCCCCCCCCAAGCCAAAUGGCUGACAUCUCUGAAAAUCAAAUAAUCAACCCUGAUGAAGGUACAAUGUAUUGUGGCAUCUCUGGAGAUGAUAAGGGCUACAGUUGUGUGAAAACUGGAGGUCCGUCUGUUCCUUGUUCUUCGGAAGAAAGUGCGACUCCUGAUGUUGAUGGCAUGGACAUAGUUGUUAAAAAUGAACCUACUGACGAACCUAUGUCUGGGUGUACUUGUGCUUGCGCUAUGAGUGAAGAUCCUGUAAAUCAUGACAUUACAAGUGGGGAGCAAGAAGCUGAAGAUGUUGAAGUGGAACAAUUGUCUGUAAAAGUAAAAGAAGAACCCAGUUUUGAAUGGCCAUGUGAUGUCAGGACUGAGGCAGAUGCCACACCACGUUUUGAAAACAAGAAUCCCACAGUGACAGACAUUGUAAUAAAAGAUGAGCCUGUUUGGUGUAUGGAGGAAGAAGAGGCAGAACCUGUCAUUGAAACAGAGUGCUACACAGAUAUUGAUAUGGUGAAAACUGAACCAAUAGGUGGAGAUUUCCCUCAUGACGAUAAAGCGAAACCCAAAGUGAAGAAUUUUGUGAAAGAGGAAGUGACAGAAUGUGAGGAUUCAGACUUUGGAGAAAAGACAGAAGAAGGACAAGUGGGAGAUAGGGAGGAGAUGUAUGCUGAACCCAUAUUUGAUGAGGAUCACAUCAGUCAGACUGGAGGACUGCAGCUGCAAAUCAAUGUGAGGAGUUUGUGUAUGGGAAAGAGUUCCAACCCAGACACUGAUGUUGUUAGAUCCAGUAGUCCAACUUCAACUUUCUCUGCUGAUCCAGCUUUUCUGAAAUAUGAUGUUUUAAAUUCUGACUCUGUUGCCAGGAAUCGACGUCCUGAUUUGGACUUUUCUUGUGCAUUGUCGGUUUUCAGUUGUGUAAAUUUUCCAGAGUCUUCUACCAGUACCACUAACUCAAAAGUGUACAAAGAUACAGACCAUGGUCACUCAGAUGUAUCCAGGCUUAUGGCUAAUACAUAUUCAGAAGAAAAACCUUACAAUUGUGAAGUUUGUGGUGCAACAUUUUCAUGGAUUAGCCAACUACAGUUGCACAAAAGAACACACACAGGGGAAAAACCUUAUGGGUGUGAAAUUUGUGAUAAAUGGUUUACAACAAAUGAAACCCUAAUGAGACACAAGAGAAUACACACAGGAGAAAAACCUUACAAAUGUGAAAUUUGCGGUUUGACAUUUUCACGGCCUGAUAUCCUACAGAGUCACAAAAUGAAACACACAGGAGAACAGCCUUACAAAAAACACAAAUGUGAAGUUUGUGAUUCAGCGUUUGCAUGGAUUGGCCACUUACUGGAACACAAAAGAAUUCACACGGGAGAAAGGCCUUACCAGUGUGAAGUUUGUGACGCAACAUUUGCAAGGUAUGGGGACCUACGAAUUCACAAAAGAAUACAUACAGGAGAAAAACCGUACAAGUGUGACGUUUGUGAUGUGUCGUUCACUCAUCGUGGCAACCUUCGGAGACACAAGAAACUACAUACAGAAGAAAAAAAGCCUUACAGGUGUGAAUUUUGUGGUGAAAUUUUUAAACAUGGUGGACGCCUACAAAGUCAUAUAAAAACACACCAUGGAGAAAAGCCCCGUGAAUGUGAAGUGUGUGGUUUAAUGUUUGAAUCGACUGCCCAGUUACAGAUACACAAAAGAACACACAUUGGAGAAAAGCCUUACAAAUGUGAAAUUUGUGAUGCCACGUUUACCCAAAAUCAAAGCCUACAGAGACACCAAAGAACACACACAGGAGAAAAACCGUACAAGUGUGAAGUUUGUGAUGCAAUGUUUUCAGAUUAUAGCAACCUACAGAGUCAUAAAAGAACACACACAGGAGAAAAGCCUUACAAGUGUGAAAUCUGUGAUGCAACGUUUCCACAAAAUCACAGCCUACAGAGACACAAAAGAACACACACAGGAGAAAAGCCUUACAAGUGUGAAGUUUGUGAUGCAUCAUUUGCACACAAUCACAGCCUUCAGAGACACAAAAAGACACACACAGGAGAAAAACCGUACAAGUGUGAAGUUUGUGGUGUAAUGUUUUCAGAUAAUAGCAACCUAUUGAGUCACAAAAGAACACACACAGGAGAAAAGCCUUAUAAGUGUGAAGUUUGUGAUGCAACGUUUACACAAAAUCGCAGCCUACAAAGACACAAAAAGACACACACAGGAGAAAAACCUUACAAGUGUGAAGAUUGUGAUGCAACGUUUUCAGAGAAUAGCCACCUGCAGAGUCACAAAAGAACACACACGGGAGAAAGGCCUUACAAGUGUGAAGUUUGUAAUGCAACGUUUACUCUCAGUGGGAGCUUACGGAAUCACGAAAGAACACACACAGGUGAAAGGCCUUACAAAUGUGAAGUUUGUGGCGCAACAUUUGCACAGAACAGCAGUCUAAAGAAACAUCAAAGAACACACAUAGGAGAAAAACCUAUCAAGUGCGAAGUUUGAGAUGCAACAUUUAUAGCUGCUUGCAGCCGACCGAGUCAUAAAAGAACACUCACAAACAGGAGAAAAGCCGUACAAAAGUGUGAAGUUUGUGAUGCAUCAUUUACGAGUCGGAGUAGCCUAUAGACUAUAGAGGCACAAAGGAACAUGCACAAGAAGAGAAUUUUUAAGUCUUCACAGGUGUGAAGUACAGUCCAUGCCGGCUUUAAGCACGGUCAUCGGGAAAAAGCUUAAGCGUGCUUAAAGCCGAAGCGUGCUUGAGUGCGAAGUAGAUAUAAUCCAGAGAUUUUCAUGCAGAAAAUUUCACUUGCUAUUUCCCUUUGAAUGUAAGUAGGCCUAUAGCGGUCCCGCAAAAUUGUGCACUCUUAUUUUUACCCACCAUGGUAGUUUUUGUUUUCUUGUUUGUUUUUGUUUUGUGGUCGAAUGGGAAAUGAAAAGUUAACUUAGACGG